GCCGGAAGCUGCAGCCAGGAAGAAAGUGUCAUCAAUAUUAGAGUGGGCAACAUCCAGGGUCUCAGAGAUAUUACUGGACUUUGGGCUCGUUUGUUCGAUUAAAAGGUCCUCCUCCCGUCGGUUGCCGGCAGAUAUCAUGGCUCAUCCGCAAAAUUGGAUAGUUGGUUUGCCCGGGACCCGAUGAUGAAGGUCUUGGAGAGGAGAAUUAUGAUGGCAACGAGGAUAAAGCAGAUUUGGUCUUCUUGACUCACCUAGCAUUUCAGGGCCUGCCACAUGGGGAUAUGAUUCAGGCUUCUUGAUAAUCAUGCUGUGUUGGAAUUUGAAUUUAGAUAUUUGUUAGUAGGGAAGUUGAAGAUAUCAAACCUUGUUCUGUAUAAAAAUAAACGGCGGCAGCAGCACGUGACCGCUCCGCCGCCUCCAGCUUGGGGCCAGCUGUCGCUUCAGGGUUUUUGCGCCGCGCUUGACUUCUUCCCCAAAGAGGAAGAAAAAAUCGCCAACCCUACUCCUGCAAUCGUCCUCUUCCUCUUGGUAUCCUAUCCAUAUCCACCCCUCUCUACUCUGUUCUCUCUACCUAUAUUGUUCUCCUCUCCCCAGUCCCCUUGUGCCGUAACCCGCCAUCAUGUCUAUGAGCCCGCAAAUAAUAAACCUGGCCAUCAUCCUCGUGAUGAUGCAGGUCUCGAAGAAAAUACCCUUCGAUAACCCUUCGGUGCUCCUGGGCGUGCGCGCUAUGUAUAUCUGUUCCAACAUCCUGAUCCUGGGACUGUACCUCUAUGUGCGAUCGCAAAUAAACAAGAAGAAAGACCUCAAAACCCUCAAAUACGUCGAGCCAGCCCCGAUGGGCUCGCAGGAAGAACCCCGGCCCGUCAUCACGACCGUGCAGGACUACGACAAGCAGCAGCUCCGCUCCCUCCUUAAGGGCCAGCUGAUGGGCGUCGGCAUGAUGUGCGUCAUGCAUCUGUACUUCAAGUACACCAACCCGCUCGUCAUCCAGUCCAUCAUCCCGCUCAAGACGGCGCUCGAGGGCAACCUGGUCAAGAUCCACCUGUUCGGCAAGCCGGCCAAGGGCGAGCUGGAGCGGCCGUGGAAGGCGGCGGCUGGCAUGUUCGGCAUGGGCCAGGGCGAGGUGAAGAAGGAUCGCGCUAGCGUGGAGUCUGCGGAGAAGACGUGGAGGGGCGGUGCGAAGGAGGAGUAGGACGAAUGAUUGCACUUCGUUCUGUUUAUCUCCCUCUUUCUCUCUUUUUUUUCUUUUUUCUUUUUUUUUUUUUCUUUUUUUCUUUUUCUUUUUUGUUUUUAUUACUCCUUUUUGCCAGGUGCCUGGGUUGUCUUUUAUCUAGGCAAAAUAUAAGAAAGCGCCGGGAAGUUUUUAUAAUUUUUGCAGAAUAUGGAAAUGCGGAAUACAACUUACUUGGAGCUCUUUUUUUUUUUUUUUUAAUCUUUCUCGUUCCUUUUAUAUAUAUAUUUGUCGAAUAGAUAGAUAUCAACGCCGUCUACGGAUGGUAUGUAUGCAUUAUUGUUGCAUGAGGAAUGGCGUUUCUCCCUUGUUUUAACAGUUAACAGUUGAUAUAUUUAUUUGUUUGUAACACAUUUUGUUCGUGAUAUGUUAUUUUAUUGCAUCUGGCGACUCUUUGCAUCCAAGGUCCAGGGAGUUAAGACAAAGUAUUCAAAUGUUCCUCUCGAUCCAAGUGCAACCGCCACCAGGAGAAGCGGGAGCGAGGUUUACUACUACCAAUAUACUACUUCUACACCUAGUUUUAAAUGUAUAUUUUUUAGUCUAGUUCUUCUUGAAUAUAUAUAUAUUAUAAAUAGCGAUGGGGUGUUUAUACUUCAUCCUCCCACCAUAUGUUCCAGAGGGCGAAGAUAUAUAGAAGAUAUAUACACAGUAGUUUAGUUAUUAUCAUGAUUGAGAUGGAUGAUGGAAAAAUGUUCAGCGAUGAUUGAACUAUUAUCCACUUCAAAGAAAGAGGUGGCGAGAUGCGGCCGGCCCGUCCAUAAGGUCCUUUUUUCCCCA